UGAUCUAAAUAAUUUCAGACCAACCAAUUUUUUUGAAUUAUGUUUCCAAAUUAUAAUGAUGGUUGUUGGAUUUUUUUUUUAAAUAGAUAGUUGAUACAGUAUUUCUAUAUACAAUAAAAGAAAUGACGCGUAAUAUAUCCAUUAUUCAUUAACAAUUUGACCAAAUUAUAAAUGCUACACAUAGUAUUGAUUGAAUGUAUUUUUCUUGUGUGUCAAAUACUACUUACAUUGAAAUAUGAAUAUUCCUAUUUAGCGAUGAUUUUUAGGUGUUAAUCUCUGACUAGCUUCUUUAUAUAUAUAAACGAGCUUCCCGAGGUCUCAUCAUCAAACAAUACACUUAACAAUGGAUUCUUCUCUGAAAACUCAGGAACCUCAAGUAGUGGAAACUUCUCCUUCUCCGGUAGCUCAGGAGCCUCCUCAAGUAGCUGACAAACCUGCGAUUGUUCCUUCUCCGAUAGCUCAAGAGCCAGACAACGAUGUUCCGGCGCCGGGAAACGAGUUUGCUGAGUUCGCCGCCGGUUGUUUCUGGGGAGUGGAGCUUGCUUUCCAGAGAAUCCCUGGCGUGACCGUGACUGAGGUCGGUUACACUCAUGGGAUCUCUCACAAUCCGUCUUAUGAAGAUGUCUGUACGAACACCACGAACCAUGCAGAAGUUGUCAGGGUUCAAUAUGAUCCUAAAGAAUGCACUUAUGAGACACUUCUUGAUUUGUUUUGGUCUAGACAUAAUCCUACCACCUUGAAUCGUCAGGGAGAACUUUUGGGAGCACAAUACCGAUCAGGUAUAUAUUUCUACACACCGGAGCAAGAGAAACUAGCACGCGAGUCUCUAGAGAAAGAGCAGAAAAAACUGGAGGAUAAGAUUGUGACUGAGAUCUUACCGGCAAAGAAAUUCUACAAAGCUGAAGAAUACCAUCAGCAGUACCUUGUCAAAGGUGGGAUGCAUGGAAACGCUCAAUCACCUGCAAAGAGCUGCAAGGACCCUAUCCGCUGCUAUGGCUAAUCAAAAGCCUUUGUUCCUCUUCUCCCAAAACAGAGGAUUCUCCCAGAGGACCUCUUUACCUGUUGCUUUGUUGGUUUGUGUGUGUGCGUGUGUUUAUAUGUACUUGUCAUCUCAUCAUACAUAAUAAAAGAUGUGGGAUCAUCUCACCUUUGUGAAAUUCUUUUCGUUACUCCAAAUUCAACUAAUAAAUAUUUGAAUAAGUCAUUAGUACUCC